AUGGCUGCCUCGGGAGCCGCCGGUUCCCCGGGCCGUUUGGUCCAGUACGUAGUGGUCCGCUCGGACCUGGUCCACAAACUGUCGUGGCCGCUUGGAGCCGUCAUAACUCAGGCGUGCCACGCAGCCACCGCCGCCGUCCACCUCCAUUAUGCCGACGGGGACACGCAGAGUUACCUGUCCGAGCUUGACUCCAUGCACAAAGUGGUGCUCGGGGCUCCAGACGAGGUCGCCCUCACAGGUUUAUCUGAGAGUCUGACCCAAGCCGGCGUGGCCCACAAGCUUUGGAUCGAACAGCCUGAGAACAUACCUACCUGUCUGGCCCUUAAACCAUAUCCCAAAGAAACGGUGCAACCGCUUAUGCGCAAGUUUAAGCUCUUCAAAUGA